GCCCAGUGGAUGCAUGCUAAAGACAGCUGGGUGUGUCAAAGAAGGAGGGCAGAGGAAAGAAAGAAAUGUAGGGAGAGGAAGAGAGGAAGACUGACAGAAAAGGAAUAAUUGAUCACAAAGAACGAAAGGAGAAAAACUACAGUGACAUUAAAGUGGCUUCCAUUGGAAAGUUUUACAGUCCAGCUACAGCCUUGACCUCAAAGGAGCCAGAGGAAGCCUUCAUUCCAGUAUCCACGCAGGUCACUAGUGCGCAGUAAAUGCAGGGUAUUGGCUGAAAGACUCCCGUUCUUGUUGGUGUGUGGAGGCUCUCUGCGAAGCGGACAGCUGAUAAAACAAGCAGAAGUCGGAGGAAACGAGAAGGAGGAACAGAAGAAAUGGCAGAAUCACCCAAGAUUGAACUUUUCAUCAAGGCGAGUGAUGAUGGGGAGGGAGUGGGAAACUGCCCAUUCUGCCAGAGACUCUUCAUGAUCCUCUGGCUGAAAGGUGUUAAUUUCACCCUCACCACUGUUGACAUGAAGAGGGCUCCAGAGGUGCUCAAAGAUCUGGCUCCAGGAUCACAGCCCCCUUUUCUCAUCUACAACGGAGAGGUACGCACUGACACCAACAAGAUUGAAGAGUUUCUGGAGGACACCCUGGCACCCCCUCAAUACCCCAAGCUGUGCUGCCGCUACAAGGAAUCCAACGGUGCUGGAGAUGAUAUCUUCCACAAGUUCUCUGCAUACAUCAAGAACCCAAACCCAGGACUCAAUGAAAUGUUGGAGAAGAAAUUCCUGAAGAGUCUGAUGAAGCUGGAUCAGUACCUUCUGACUCCUCUCCCGUAUGAGCUGGACCAGAACCCAGAUUCAUCCGUGUCAACCCGAGAUUACCUGGAUGGAAACUCUUUCAGUCUUGCUGAUUGCAACUUGUUACCCAAGCUGCAUAUAGUAAAGGUGGUGUGUAAAAAGUACCGGAGCUUUUUGAUCCCUACAGCCCUGGCUGGUUUGACUCGCUAUCUGGAGAAGGCUUACAAACGGGAUGAGUUUCGCCACACCUGUCCCAAUGACUCAGAGAUUUUGAUGGCCUAUCGCUCUGUGGCCAAAUACCUCAACAAGUGAUUCAGGAUCAGGGCAUGGCCAGGGAGGAACAGGAAGACCUUGGAAUGUACAGGACAUCAUAAGCAACAACAACAACAACAAUAACAGUAAUAAUAAUAGAGUAUUGCAGUUUGAUAUUUUUGAUUAAAUCUGUAAUUUAGUCUUCCCUGAGUGAUAUCUACACCAUUACUGUUCUCAUGAAAUGUACGAUAUGAGCACAGUGUAAUUAAGUAAAACGACUAACAUUUUAAUGGUGGUGCACUGAACUUGUAUCACACUAUGCGUAUGUGUAUCUUAUUGUAGUGCCCCGUAGGCCAUAUACCUGGUACUAAUAGGGAUGGUCUGGGUUUCUUUUGUCAACCCAAUAAAUUAAUUUAAAUCUCACUGUU